CGAUACUAACUAUAAACAAUAUGGCGGAAGAUGGUAUUUGUAAAUAGUUUUGAUAGAAGGAUUAAACAAAAACAAAGCUAUGCACUUUUUACUAACUUGACAUUAUUUUUCAGGCAAUGGUCUUAACAAUUAGUAUUCUUUGAUACUUUUACUAGAUCUCACGGUAUAAGAUAAGAUUCUAAAUGAUCUAGACUACACCAAAUUCAGUGACCGAAAAAUGAGUACUCAGUUACUCAGUACUUGCAUGUCAGAACGUGUUAAUAAAUAGUUAAAAAAUCUUAAACCAAGAAAAAGAAGAGCAGAAUCAAGUAAAUCUUCGGAAAAAAGAAAUAAAGAAAAUUUAACAAUUGAUAUGCCAGCAUCAGAAACACAACUUCGUGUGAAUGAAUUAUUACAGCAAGUAGUUGCACAGUCAACUAAAGAUGCACAAGAUUCUAAAAAGACAAAGAAGAAGAAAAAAAUCAAAAAUGAUACAGAAGAGCAUGUGUUGGAGACAUUGCGCAAAGGAAAAGAUAUAGAAAGCCUACAUAAAGAUGAAGACACAACAAUACUUGCCAACACAUAUGACCCUGAUGAAAACAGUGAAAAAAGUAACAAGAGACGUCAGCGUCAAACAGAAGCUAGUAAAAACUCUGAUAAAAACAAACAGACUGAUGCCAUUGAAAAAAUCAUAAAUGAUAAGCCAAAAAAGAUUACAAAAAUUGUUAAGAAAAAAGAAGUUGAACAGCAGAUAAAUGCUGACAUUUUGCCUGAGAAGAAAGGAAAAAAAACAAAAAAGUCACCAACAAGAUCAGCUGUUGAAAAAGUAGAAGAGGCCAAAGUGGAAGAGACCAAAGAAGAACCUGUCAGUGUUACCUCUACACCACGUAAGAAAAAGAAAAAGAAACCCAAUCCAGAAGAGGAAGAAGUGAAAUCAGGUCAUGUGGAAGACACAAGUAAAGACCUGGAAGCCAGUUCUAAAGUGAAAGAUAAAACAGUAAAAAAAAAGAAAAAAGCGCAAGUUGGGAAAGGAGAGCCUGAAGACUUCACGACAGCUGCGCCUGAAAUGUCUAGUCCUGUGAAACCAAAGCCAAGGAAGAAGAAGACAAAAGCUUUAGGAGAUGCAGAAAAUGAUAAAGAAAAUGAAAGAACAGAGAGUACGUCACUAGAAGCAAGUGUGGAACCUACACAAGAGAAGAAAAAAAAGAAGAAAAAAGUUCCUACAGAAGAAGAGAAUUUAAUUAAAACUGAGGAAGAUGUGAAGAAUGAGGCUCCUCCUGCUCCUGAUGAAGGACAAGUCCUGGCUUUAAUGAUUCAUCGCACAGAUAAACUUAAAAAUGACUUCUAUAUAUUACAUCCUGUUGUCAGAGUCCAUGUUAUCAAUGAGGAGACAGGAGAGUACAUCCCAAAACAACAUCAGGACAGAGCAGUUACAUUUUAUUCUGAAACAAAUAAUCAGUCAGUCAAGACAAUUUUACCAAUGAUGACUCAACCAUUUGAUUUCAAGGAAAGAAAGUCAACAAUACCAGUGUGGGAAGACUUGCUUGUCUUCAAUGAAAACUUUAAUUACUUCACCCAGCACAACCCUAAAGUCAUUCUUUUGUUUGAGUUGUUAGAUUUUGUCAGUAUGAACACAGCCUCUCGACAGUUUGUGACUCAAAAAAGAGAAGGUGGCUGGCACAGGAUAGCAUGGGCAUUUUUGAAGGUUCUAGGUAAAAAUGACAAGGUCAAUGUUGGUAACAAACUCAGAUUGCAGCUGUUUGUGCCACCCAACAAGACCGCCAAGGUAUCAAGUCAACCAGAGGUGUAUCAAUGGUGGAAGUUUGGCCAGCGAGUCCCUUAUCCCUCCACUCUGUAUGUCACUUUGAAAAGUAUUGAAACUCCACAGGAAGUGUCUCCAGCCAUGAGGUCUAUGUUCGCCACCCAGAAGGAACUAGGCAGCAUGAAAUAUGAAGAUUUAAAAUCCAGAAACUGGUCUAGUCAAGAAAAGACUCUCACUUCUGGCAGGACAUUGAGCACCUGGACAAGAUUAUUAGGUCAACUUUGUAGAGUACCAAACGUUUUGUCCAUGACACUGCCUGCUGGAAAAAAAGGUUGUUUUGUUCUCAAGUUCUCUAAUGAUGGCAGGAACCUUGCAUGUGCCUGCCAGGAUGGAUCAGAUUUUCCUAUACUUAUAUAUGAGAUUCCCAAGGGUACCUUGAAAGGUCAAUUUCAAGGUCACUUUGCUAUCAUUUACAGCCUUUGUUGGAAUAAAAGUGAUACUCUCUUGAUGUCUGCUUCCAGUGAUGGUACUGUUAGAAUAUGGGAUAUUCAGAAACUUGGAGAAGGUCACAUUCGCCUCCUACCUCACCCAGGCUAUGUGUACACAGCAGAGUUUCAUCCAAGAGUUGAAAGUAUAGUAGUGACUGGUGGUUAUGAUGAAGUGGUUCGGGUCUGGGACAUUAGUCUUCCUGAGGAUUACAAUGUGCUCCAGCAGGAGAUGGAGGAGCACCAUGGCCACAUAAACUCAAUUUGUUUUGAUACAGAUGAUGGCCAGAAAAUGUAUUCUGCUGACAGUGUUGGAACAAUACUAAUAUGGAAUGUUUAUGUAACAGAGCAGGCAUCUAGGAAACACUUUGUAAGAGACUGGACAAAGUAUCUAGAGCUUAAGGAACCAGAUUUAAAGGAGACUCCUAUUAACUACAUAAAGAUGCAUCCAAGUGGAAGACGAUUAUUAGUCCAUGGGCGUAACAAUGCUAUCUACAUGUUUGACUUAAGAGUCCAAAGAGUGAUGCAGAAAUACUUUGGAGCUGAAAAUCUGAAAGAAAAAAUAUGCAGUACCAUUACACCUUGUGGUAGCUUUGUCUUUUCUGGUAGUGAAGAUGGCAAGGUGUAUGCUUGGAACACUGAUACAGGUGAUCAAGUGGCUGUCUACACUCAGUUGAAUUAUAUCAUGCCUGUAACUGAUGUCCAUUACCAUCCCAGAGAUCACAUGCUGGCCAUCUGCUCUCUAGGAGAAAACCAACCUAUAUAUAUUUAUAAAUAUGACCCUCAAAUUAGCCAAACUGAAGGAGCUAGAUCACGACCUAUGUCACCUUUAGAAACUACAAAUAUUGAAGAACUAGAAACUGCCAGAUCAAGUGCCUUGAAAGAAGUUGAUCUUCUGACAGCAAGAGGCAAGGUCAUGUCUAAAGAAGAAUUUGAAACCUUAGAGAAAGUACGCUACCACAGAGUCCUGAAAAAAUUGGAAACUGCAACGAUGCAAAUGACACAGAUGCCUGGCAUGGUGAUACCUGAUGGUCUUUUAAGUCCUAGAAUGGACACUAUUGGAAGAUCCGGUGUGCAAUCUACAUGGAAACUUGAUACCAGCUAUUUGACAACACCUCGUUCUGCUUCUACACCUCCUGGUGUCCUCUCACCACAUGCACCAGUUGGCUCAGGUACACAUCUGGCUCAACAGUUGGCAUCCCAUAGAGAAUACAUGAGAGAGUCUGGUGGGAGCUGGAGGCCAGGAUUUUCUGAGAUUAGCAGACAGGGAGCUAGAAGUACAAGUCCAACAUUCUAUGGCAGACCUCCUCACCUUUCACUCAGCACUUCAUUGGGAAAACCCCAGUUUACUUUUGAGGCUCCUGUGAAAACAAGUCGAGUCAAUAAGGUAAUUGCCAUCUACGACUACAGAGCUCAGCGGUCUGAUGAAUUGAAUUUGUAUAAAGGUGACAUCAUCACAGUCUUAUACAAAGAUAAUGAAAAAUGGUGGAUGGGAGAACUCCCAGAUGGUCAGCAAGGAUUUUUUCCAGCUAAUUAUGUUACUGAAGAUGAUUUAGGCUCAUCUAAAAAAGGUGUCAGCAGUGGAGGUACUGUGACAGCAGUUAAAACUAAAUCUGGAGAACUCAAGUUUUUAUCUGGAGGUGAAGAGUCAGACACAGAAACACCAAGAACCAGGAAAAAGAAAACAUCUUUUGACCUGAGUCAUCGACGUGAUAGCAAGUCUAGAUUGCCUCCUCCAGCUCCAAGCAAAACAUUGAAUGACAGCAUUGAAGCUUUACUGAAUGAAUAUGAGUCUGUUGCCUAGAUUUGAAUAUGUGAUCAUUAGGGCAUGCAAACAAAUCUUGCAUAACUGUGAUACUUACAAUUAAAUUAAAUUGUAAAUAAUAAUCUAACUCACUCUAUGUAUUUUUUUCACGUUAGACUUUGUUCAAAAGUUUGAUCUGAUAGUUUAUAAGUACAUAAGUUAACUUGAACUAAAUCUAAAACUAAUUAUUUGUAGCGACCUUGUGGCAACAGCAUAUGGAUGUUGUCCCAUGUAUAAUAUUCCAAAUAGUUUUUGGAUUUUAUCACUCUUAAAAAACAUAGUUCACAUUUUUAAAAAAUAAAUAUUUUUUGUACAGCCAAAAAUUACUUAAUUUUAAAACUAGAUGUAAAUAAAUGUAAAUUUAAAGUUCAUUAUAUAUUUUUUACUGAGUUUCAAAUAACAACAUGAACUACCUUUAUUCUUGUGCCUUAAUUUACAUGCAUCUUAUUUAUAUUCUGUAACUUGUGUAUAUAAUCGUAUAUAAUUAUGGUUUUGAAUGCACAUAGAAAUACAGAAAUUUUUGAUGUUUUUAUAUGUGCAAGUUAGUUAAUUUUGUUCCCAUGAGCUCAUUGUUUUAUUUUGAUACUUUUAUAGGCCAGUGCCAUGAAUUUUUAGCUUCCGUCCAGUGUAUUUAAUUGCCUUAAAAAAAUUAAUCUGUUAGAACAAAUGAGAAUUCUUUGUUCAAUACCAAGGAUCAUUAAUUUCAACCACUUUAGAGGGCUAAAACAUUAUUUUUAAGGAACAUUUUUAUUAUAGACUUUAUUGUUAAACCUUAAACCCUCCCAUUUAGAUUUCUUUUCUUUGCUUAGACAUUUAUCUUGUCUACAUUUGGAGAAGAGUGUAAGAAAUCCACCUUAGUUAACUCAACUCCAAUACUAAGACAUCCACCUUAGUUGACUCAACUCCAAUAUCAAGACAUCCACUUAGUUGACUCAACUCCAAUACCAAGACAUCCACCUUAGUUGACUCAACUCCAAUAUUAAGACAUCCACCUUAGUUGACUCACCACCUUAGUUGACUCACCACCUUAGUUGACUCAACUCCAAUAUCAAGGCAUCCACCUUAGUUGAAUCAACUCCAAUAUUAAGGCAUCCACCUUAGUUGACUCAACUCCAAUAUUAAGACAUCCACCUUAGUUGACUCAACUCCAAUAUUAAGACAUCCACCUUAGUUGACUCAACUCCAAUAUCAAGGCAUCCACCUUAGUUGAAUCAACUCCAAUAUCAAGACAUCCACCUUAGUUGACUCACCACCUUAGUUGACUCAACUCCAAUAUCAAGGCAUCCACCUUAGUUGACUCAACUCCAAUAUCAAGACAUCCACCUUAGUUGACUCAACUCCAAUAUCAAGACAUCCACCUUAGUUGACUCAACUCCAAUAUCAAGACAUCCACCUUAGUUGACUCAACUCCAAUAUCAAGACAUCCACCUUAGUUGACUCACCACCUUAGUUGACUCCACUCCAAUAUCAAGACAUCCACCUUAGUUGACUUAGCUCCAAUAUCAAGACAUCCACCUUAGUUGACUCAACUCCAUUAUCAAGACAUCCACCUUAGUUGACUCAACUCCAAUAUCAAGACAUCCACCUUAGUUGACUCAACUCCAAUAUUAAGACAUCCACCUUAGUUGACUCAACUCCAAUAUCAAGGCAUCCACCUUAGUUGACUCAACUCCAAUAUUAAGACAUCCACCUUAGUUGACUCAACUCCAAUAUUAAGACAUCCACCUUAGUUGACUCAACUCCAAUAUUAAGACAUCCACCUUAGUUGACUCGACUCCAAUAUCAAGACAUCCACCUUAGCUGACUCGACUGUAUUAUCAUUCAUUUACUAUCACUAGCUACAAAGCAAAGAGGAUAGCUGACAAUAUGCCAAACAUACCCGUGCCCUAAGUGUAAUCAGUUUUUCAGAGCAAAACUUGGACUCCACUGCUACUUAUGAGUUCAUCUUUGACCAUGAUGGAGGAGCUUUUUAUAUUGGUCCAUUUCUUAACUGUGUAUUUUCUAUUCAAUACUUUGUGUAAAUAUUUGUUGUUUUAAACUUAGUAGAAUGUCAUGUACACAUUAUUUUGUAAUUAAAAGAUGUAACUAGUAA